AUGCAGCGGCCGUCGUACUCAUUUCCAGAACGCCCAAAUACCCCUCCAGGCUUGGGAGGACAACUCAAUCCACGUUUUGUGAUUGAGACACCCCACACGCCCCCAGCGGACGAGGCGGAGCGUGUAACGCGAUACUUUGACCAGGCUCAACGAUUGGCCCUGGAUUGGUUGGAUACCGUGCCCAACCUCGACUUUUUCGAUGCUGUAAUGCUGCGGCUGGACGAAAUGGAAAGAACUCAAAGAACCCAUGCUCGGUUGUUCAAUUCAAUGAAUUCCCUGGCCGACACGGUGACCUCUUUGCGAGCAGAUUUGGCAAAAGCGAUAGCGGAAAGAGAUGACGCCAGACGAGAGUUGCAACACGUCACAGCGUACUCUCUGCAGCUCAAACAAGAAGCCGAGAAGCGCAAAUCGGGAGCGGAAGACUCGAAACAGGUCAACGCCGAACAGGCGGCGGGGAACCCAGGAUCAUUGAGGUCUUCUUUCGGACGCCGCUGA